AUGGAAUACACCCUCUUCCCCGGACAGUUCAGCCCCGCCCCCGGGGCCACGGGAGCCAAUCCGCGCUCGCGCGCACUCUGCGGCUCCGGCCCCGCCCCAGCGCCCUCCUCAGCGGCGCCCCUCCCUCCGCCCGCCCAACGGGCAGUUCGUCAGGCAGGCAGGCAGGCGGCAGUUGGUCGAGCUGACGGCGGCUCGUCAGGUCUCUCGAGCGCUGCUGGUCCUGCUCCCUUCCACAGCGGCGGCGGCGCGGUGUCUCCGGGAAGCGCGGCGCUGGCCGAGCGGCGGCCGCGGAGCUCAGUGCCCGGCGCGGCGGCGGCGGGCGCGCGCCCCGAGGCGGUCCGCGGGCAGGUGUGCGACGGGGGGCCGCGCUCCAGCAACCUGCUACGUCGGCGAGGGCUCCCACGGCGUCGUGUGGAAGCCUACGUGAUGGCCAGUGUGGACAGUCCUCACACGUGCCGCCUGCUGGGCAUCCGCCUGGCCUCCCCGGUGCAGCUCAUCACACAGUUCAUGCCCUUUGGCUGCCUCCUGGACCACGUCCGUGAGCCCAAGGACAGCAUCGGCCCCCAGCACCUGCUCACCUGGUGCGUGCAGAUCACGAAGGGCGUGAACUACCUGGAAGACCAGCGCUUGGUGCACCGAGACCUGGUGGCCAGGAACGUCCUGAUGAAGACAGCGCAGCACGGCAAGAUCACAGACUUUGGACCAGAAUGCUUGGUAAUGAGGAGUACCACGCAGAAGGAGGCAAAGGAAAGCCCUUCUACUGCGGUGGACGCCCACAGGGACAAUGCGUCACCGUUUGAAGGCACCCAAUGUAUUGUGAUCAUGUUCGGCCCGGCCAAGCUCCAAACAGGCUGGAGGAAGGAGAAGAGGCAACUGUUCCUUUCUUCAGAAAGAAGGGACAGAUGGCGCGCCUUCCUUGAGAGGUACAUCGAUCUGGCCAAGGAGAAGGAGCAGCCAAAAAGCAUUCCCCUCAAAAUCUUUACCGAGGACAUCAACAACUGUGCCUGUUCUAUAACAAUAAGAAUAUUGAAUACACACACAGUGAAUGAUGUCAUCAACCUGUCACUCUCAAAGCUAGGAAUCACUGGCUCUGAGAAAGACUACCAGCUGUGGGUGACUGCUGGCAAGAAAAAGGCCUCAUACCCACUCACUGGCCAUGAACAUCCACACAGCAUUAAAAUCAGCCAUCUUCCAGCUACUGCGCUCCUGCCACAGGGACCGGAGGACUCCGCCUCUCCUUCUGCCCUCCUGGAGGCCAUCCUCUUGGAGAAGAGGUCCCCAGAGAUUCAAGGCCAAUUCGUCCUGAAGCCCAGGCACCCAGCCAGGAGCCAGCAGCGGAGAGGGGAGCCCCUUCCCUUCCUCAGGUGUCUUCUCUUGGCUCACGUCUCUGCUCCUGACACCAAACUCAUGCACAGAGCUGCUUCUCCAUGUGGGGGUGCAGGGACAGUACAGGUCACGAGACAGCCAACAGAAGUUCUGUGAGGAACUGGGCCUUUUGGCGGCGCCCCAGCACUCAGCAGGACAACCAGCGCUGAACUCUGUCAUCGGCAAAGCUAACACAGCUCUUUGGAGCUCCUCUGGGGGACGUGUGUGAGGAGGACAAGCUGCCUGCCCCAGUUCUGGAGAUGCUUUCCAUUCUAAAUCAAAAAGGGCCACUCAAGAAACGCAUCUUCAACAAAUCUGCAAGUAAAAUAUCAUGCAGAGUCCUGAAGGAAAAGCUGAACUCUGGGGACACAGUGAACAUGGAGAAUGAGUCCAUUCUGGUGCUGUCAUCCGUCUUAAAGGUAGGGAAACGUCUAGCAUUAUCCACACACAAAGGAACUCUGAAACUCUAUGGGGGUCCUUCAUCAUGACUGCCCAAGAGGAACAGGUGUCAUAGAUGAAGGAUCUGAAAAAUUGGAAAACACUGCACAAAGUUAAAAUUUCAGGAAGCUACUUCGGGUUUUACAAGUCCCAUGUUAGGUAUACUUUCCUUUUCAUCACAACCCUCUCCCCAUCUUCACUCCUGAACAAUCCAUGCAAAUACAAAAAUAAA